AUGAGUCUCACAGGAGACAAACCACAUCUGUGCUCUGAGUGUGACAGAAGCUUUACAUGUAAAUCACAGCUUCUCAUACAUCAGAGGAUUCACACAGGAGAGAAACCAUUUACAUGUUCUGAAUGCAACAAAUGUUUUUCCAGAAAGUCACAACUUGUUAUACACCAGAGGAGUCACACAGGAGAGAAACCAUUUACAUGUUCUGAAUGCAGCCAAUGUUUUCUCUGCAAGGCACAUCUUGCUCUACAUCAGAGGAGUCACACAGGAGAGAAACCAUUUACAUGUUUUGAAUGCAAAAAAUGUUUUACCCAAAAGUCACAGCUUCUCGCACAUCAGAGGAUUCACACAGGCGAGAAACCAUUUACAUGUUCUGAAUGCAACAAAUGUUUUUCCAGAAAAUCACAACUUGUUAUACACCAGAGGAGUCACACAGGAGAGAAACCAUUUACAUGUUCUGAAUGCAGCCAAUGUUUUCUCUGCAAGGCACAUCUUGCUCUACAUCAGAGGAGUCACACAGGAGAGAAACCAUUUACAUGUUCUGAAUGCAAAAAAUGUUUUACCCAAAAGUCACAGCUUCUCAUACAUCAGAGGAGUCACACAGGAGAGAAACCAUUUACAUGUUAUGAAUGCAGCAAAUGUUUUUCCCAAAAGUCACAACUUUUUAUACAUCAGAGGAGUCACACAGGAGAGAAACCAUUUAAAUGUUCUGAAUGCAGCAAGUGUUUUCUAUGUAAGUCAAGUCUUGCUAAACAUCAGAUUAGGAAGCAUAUAAAUACUCUGAGGACCUAA